GGCACCAAAUAGGCCUGUCUGCACCAAAAAAAGAAGAAGCAAAGAGCCAAAAACAAACCAAUUAAUCUAUUAUUGUAUCAUUUUCAAUGCUGAAAUUACUACUACCAAUUUGGUCUUUGUUGCCAUUCAUGACAGGUGGUAGUAAAUGGGUGGUAAGGAAGAUGAUGACGACACUCUGGCCUUGCCAUCUUGUUCUGCUUCUGUUGUUGUUGAUGAUUUUGUGAAACUAUUAGUUGAUUCGCCGAUUCUGUUUUUCGUUCUUUCUCACAAAGCUGUUGAAAUUGAGCUUGAUCAAAUUCGUUGUGUUGCGGUUGAAGCAUUGGAUAGUGGUGGUUGUGGUGGUCGUGGUGAAGUAGUUGAUCAACUUUGUAAGCGGUUACACUUUUUGAAGAUUGUUUAUAAGUAUCAUUGUGUUGCUGAAGAUGAGGUCCUUUUUCAAGCACUAGAUGCACAAGUGAAGAAUGUGGUCUUCACAUAUUCACUUGAACACAAUAGUAUAGAUGUUCUGUUCAGUUCCAUCUUCGAUUGCUUGGAUCGCUUACAAAAGGAGAAAAAGGAGGUUUCCGUCUUGUUUAAUGAACUAACAUGUAGCAUAGGUACCAUCCAGACAACCAUUUCUCAGCAUAUGCUAAAAGAAGAGGAGCAGAUUUUUCCGUUGAUGAUGGAGAAAUUCUCUUCCGAAGAGCAGGCUAGGCUCGUUUGGCAAUACCUAUGUAGUGUUCCUCUAAUGAUACUGGAGGAUUUUAUGCCAUGGCUAACAGCUAGUCUUUCUUCACAUGAAAAGACAUACUUUCUGAAUUUCAUACAUAUAGUCUUACCUGAAGAAAAACUUAUUCAAGAGGUGUUCAUCUCAUGGCUUGAUGAUAACAAGGAAGCAUCUUCCCGGUCCUGCAUAAAAGAUGGAAAAGGCGCUAAAUUUCAUUAUGGAAAAGCCAAUAUGAAGUACAUAUUUGAAAUGGAUGUGCUGAUGGUUCAGUGCAAGGAAAUGCAGCACCAGAAGGCUUCAGAAGAACAUAAUCCAAUUGAUGGUUUUCAUAUCUGGCAUGCUGCUAUAACACGAGAUCUAAGAGUAAUUAUGGAGGAACUAUAUCAACUACGAAGCUCGCUUUGUGUUUCAACCUUGUUGUCAGUGAUUACACAGUUGAAGUUUUUUGCAGAUGUUUUCACAUUCUACAGCAAUGCACUGGAUCAAAUCUACUAUCCCUUGGUAGAUCAAUUGAACACGGAUGCCCUUUCUACUUUUCAUGAACAAUUUAUUGAAAGAAGUCAAAUUGAAGAACUGCAGAGAUUGCUAUACUAUAAGCUGCAUGGGGAGAUACAAAUAAAGGUUUUUGUAGAUAUGCUUUGCCAGGAAGUGGAACUAUUUGUUGGGAGGAUGAACAAAAAGCUGCAGUUUCUAGAAACCGAGGUGUUUGUGUUCAUUAGAGAGACCUGCAGUCAUGAAUUGCAGCUUUGUUUAUUGUACAUGAGCCUGCAUAUGUUGCCACUUGGGUUGCUAAAGUGCAUGAUUAUUUGGUUCUCUGCUCAUUUAUCUGAGGAUGAGUCCAAAAUGAUGUUGAACAAUAUAAAGUUGGAAUCUGCUGUAGUUAACAAGUCCUUUGCUACUCUUUUAUAUGAGUGGGUUCGGAUGGGUUAUUCAGGCAAAAUCUCAGUUGAGAAGUUUAGAAAAGAUUUAGAAGAAAUGUUCAGUAGCAGAAGCUCUUUGUUUGAAAAGUGGAGCAAGAAUUCUGGAAGUUCUUCCUCGCACUCGGAAAUGCAAUCCCCUGAUAGACCUUAUCACCCUUCAACACUUGACAACCUUGGGAAGCAUGAUACACCUUAUUCUAAUGGGAUCAAUCUUCGUAUAUUUUUCUCGGAUUCACUGAAUGACUUAUUCUGCCUUCCUGAAACUGCUGUUGAUGGUAUGAGAUUAUCCAGUCUUGAUGUAAAACCAAUUGACUUUUUCCAUUUCUUCCACAAAGCCCUGAAAAAAGAUUUGCAGUAUGCUCUUUCUCUGUCAGUUAAGUUGGCUGAAGAUGUGGGACUCCUUGCUGAAUUUGAAAGACAUUUCCAUCACGUACGAUUUCUAUAUCAGCUGCAUAGUAAGUCCGAGGAUGAAAUUGCCUUUCCUGCCUUGGAAUCUAAGGGACAGCUCCAAAAUGUCAGCCAUUCGUAUGGCAUUGACCAUAAGUUGGAGGUUGAGCAAUUCGAUAGAAUUUCUAUCAUCUUAAAUGAGAUCACCAGUUUGCAAGGUUAUGUGGACAUGAUUGACAGUAAUAAGCUGAAAUACAAAAGGUUGUGCUUAAAUCUACAUGAUACAUGCAUAUCUAUGCAUAAAACACUCACUGACCACAUCUACCGUGAAGAAGUUGAACUUUGGCCACUAUUCAAAGAACAUUUUUCUGUUGAGGAACAAGAAAAGAUUAUUGGAGACAUGCUUGGACGAACCAAAGCGGAGAAUCUACAAGAAAUGAUUCCCUGGUUGAUGGCAUCUCUAACACCAGAAGAACAACAUGGCAUUGUGUCAAUCUGGCGUAAAGUCACAAAGAAUACAAAGUUUUUUGAGUGGCUGGGAGAGUGGUGGGAAGGUAUAAAAAGAGAUGAGAGUGUAAACGCAGAAAAGGGAUCAAAGCUUUCUCUUGCAUUGGCUGUUGAUCCUUUAGAAGUUAUGUCUACAUAUUUGUCAAGAGAUGAUUUCAGGAGUUCAAGCGUCUUCCACGAGAAAGGGGAGAACUUUUCAUCGACAGAGUGUGCUGAUCAUGAUUUAGAUCAAUCUGGACUUUUCGCUGCAGAUAAAUCCCAGAAUGCCAAGGGAAACAAAAAUGUUAAUCGAGCCAUAGAUAUAUCUCAGCAUUCUACUGAUGUUGACAAGAAAAGAUGCAAUGACACAACAGACAUUGCUAAUCAAAAAGAAACAACUUGUCAGGAUAUAAAAUUAUAUGAGCAGUCAAAGCAAAAGGAUCACAAGGAGCACCAUCUAAUGCUGACUCAAGACAAGCUGGUUGACGCAAUAAGAAGAGUAUCAGGCGACUCCUCUUUGGAUUCUGUAAAGAAAUCACACCUCAUGCAGAGCUUGCUAAUGAGGCAAAUACAUUUUCAACUUCUAUCCUUUGAUUUGUUUCUUGGGAAGAAGCCAUAUAUGGUUACAUUGGUUGCUAUUGGAUCAAGAUUGGCAGUUGUGGCACCAAUCAGAGAGAACCGGAAAACUGUUGACAUUACAAGGAUUUCUUUCAGUCAAUGGAUUUUGACACAGGAGAAGUCUUAUUCAGAGGUUGCUACUGCAAAGGAUAAGGAGAAAAUCACUGGUCAAUGUCCGUCAUUUCGUGAUAAAACAGAAUCAGUUUUUGGUUGCAAGCAUUACAAGAGGAACUGCAAGCUACUUGCUCCAUGUUGUAAUGAGCUCUUUCCAUGUAUACGAUGUCAUGAUGAAAUUACUGAUCAUUGUCUGGACAGAAAAUCUAUCACCCAGAUGAUGUGCAUGAAAUGUUUGAAGAUGCAACCUAUCUGUCCCAGUUGCUUAACUCUUACUUGCAACAAUUUCUCCAUGGCUAAAUACUAUUGCAGAAUAUGCAAAGUGUUUGAUGAUGACAGACAGAUAUACCACUGCCCUUUCUGCAAUUUGUGCCGAGUGGGGGAGGGAUUAGGCGUUGAAGUCUUUCAUUGCAUGACCUGCAACGCUUGCUUGUUAUCGAAGUCUCUCUCUAUUCAUACAUGUCGAGAGAACUGCUUGGAGGAUAACUGUCCAAUCUGUCAUGAGGACAUUUUCACUUCAGCUACUCCAGUUAAACAACUUCCUUGUGGUCAUUUCAUGCACUCAACAUGUUUUCAGGACUACACUUUUACGCAUUACACAUGCCCAAUCUGUAGCAAGACAAUUGGGGACGUGAAGGUGCUCUUUGAGAUGUUAGAUGCAUUUCUGUCUGAGGAAAAAAUUCCCGAGGAGUACGCUGGCCAGAUUCAGGUUAUAUUAUGCAAUGAUUGUCAGAAGAGAGGAACUGCUUCCUUCCACUGGCACUAUCAUAAGUGCCCAUAUUGUGGUUCAUACAAUACAAGGCUUAUAUGAUCUAAAUCCAGGGCUCCAGGACAAAAGGCAAAUUCAAGAUUUUAAGUUUACGAGUUCUGAACUCUAAGAUAGGAUAACAAGUGGAUUUGGGAUGAGUUUUUUUUUUAUGCAUACUAAGUGUAUAAUAACAUGAAUAUAAGAUCUGAGCCAAAACUACUGGCUUAAUGUAGAACCCCUAACUUCAAUGGUAGAUUUACCCGUCUCAGACUGUAGAGGUCUAGAGGAAGUGUUGUUGUUGAAUGAUUGGGAUGCUUCUUUCGUGGUCGAUAAAUAAUGUAUAUGCUUCAUUUUCUUCAUA